AUGGGUACUCCCGAGGGAACAAAAGAUCACAAUUCUCAAAUCGUCAAGCUAUUACAGUUAAUUGGUUGCUUUGGAGCAUACUGUCAUCUUGAAGGGUUAAGAGAUUCACUUGAGAAAGCUCAGUUAGGUCUUAGGGUUGAUGAAACUAUCACCAGUCUUUUAAUGAGGUUUGUUUUACACUUCACAAAAGAAGACCAUAAUGUGUCAGUACGUACUGCUGCCAUCAAGAGCCUUUUGUUGAUCUCUUCCCACCAUCCAAAGAUGUUUCUUCUGAAGCCCGUCAUGAAGCUCCUCAACACUGAAUUCGAGAAGGGUUCGCAUAGGAUGAAAGUCACUAUUUUGGAAGGGUUCAACUCAUUCUUACUGAUGGAAGACGAGGAGUCAGGAAAGCGAAAUCUCGAAGAAUCGUGCUCUUCGGAUAAGAAACUUGACGUUGAUGUUUUCCACGGUACUUCUCACGGCUACAUCAACGACAGCGUUUGCUCAAGUUUAAUUCAAAGCUUCAUUGGUCCAGCUCUUGAACUAUGCUUACAAGACGCAAGCUCGCUUUCUCUCGUUCCAGUGAGAUUCUUAGAGCUUAUCAUGAAACUCGGCUUUGCCAACCCCAAAGUAUGUGCACCUACUAUCAUUGCAUUGGAAUCUUCACCUAACAAGUACGUUAAGGGAAUUGCAUUCAACUUGCAUAAGGAUAUCUUCGACAAGCACGAAUCGUUGGCGGACCGAAACUAUGCCGAAGCGUUCAAAAUAGCAGUCAAUUACAAUAAGAGAGUGAAUGGAGACGAGUUCUGGAAGAACGUUCUGUUUCUCAGAUCAGUCUACAAGAUCGUGAGUCGGAACUAUGCAAGCAAGAAAAGGUUCAUUCUUUCAUUAGCUCGUUUAUUUACAGUGGAUAUAUCAUCAGGAGAUUUAGCAGCUAGUGCCAACACAAGGGACAUGAUUGUGUUUCUAGUGCUAAAUCUUUCGGUGUUGCCGUUUCUGUCGUUAGAGGAGGUUUGCCUCAUCUUGUAUCAUUUGGACAGAAGCAUCACCCAUGAGGGAAUCGAUUUGGCUGAUAAGGUUACUUCGACAGUGGGCUCAAAUACCGGCGAGGGCAUGUCUGUGGAGAACCUCCAACUUCUAUUUGUCCACUCUCAAAGCACCCUUGCGUUGGUUUACCUUCGUCAAACUCUUUCAGCAGCGUACGCCGUUCCUUCGUCUAUAAUGGAGACGUUUCUGCCUAGUCGUCCGGACAUCGAGCUUCGCCAACAGCCAAAGGCAGUAACGCUUGUGGACUUCCCCCUCGAGAAUCUCGAGAUGGAGGUGAAUCUUUCACGCCCAGACGCCUUUGGUUCGCUUUUCACUCGUUUUGUCACUUCCGUGAAAGAUUUCACUGUGUGA